CCGCCCCCACGCUGGGUCCAGCCGGCUCACUCCAGCCGGGGUCGCCGGGUAGCGGAGGCGCCGCAGGGAGACCCUCAGUACCUUGCGAACAUGGCGCUGCGAAUGGCGCGGAGCGUGUUAGCCGCGGCCUGCAGCCUACGUGCAACCCCGGUGCUCGCUGUGCCCUGCCCGCCGCGGCCGCGACCCUGGCGGGUGAGGGCGGGCGCCGUUCGGGCGCUGCGCACCGGACCCGCUCUGCUCUCCGUGCGUAAAUUCACAGAGAAACACGAAUGGAUAACUACAGAAAAUGGUAUUGGAACAGUGGGAAUCAGCAAUUUUGCACAGGAAGCUCUGGGAGAUGUUGUUUACUGUAGUCUGCCAGAAGUUGGGACAAAAUUGAAAAAACAAGAUGAGUUUGGUGCUUUGGAAAGUGUGAAAGCUGCCAGUGAACUCUAUUCUCCUCUAUCAGGAGAAGUAACUGAAAUUAAUGAGGCACUUGCAGAAAACCCAGGGCUUGUGAACAAAUCUUGUUAUGAAGACGGUUGGCUGAUAAAGAUGACACUGAGUGACCCUUCAGAACUAGAUGACCUAAUGAGUGAAGAAGCAUAUGAGAAAUAUGUAAAAUCUAUUGAGGAGUGAAAAUGGCACCCUAAAUAAACUAGUAUGGAAUAACACAGCAGUUGUCUUAAAUUAGUGGUGGACAGAAGACUCACAAAACUACUUUCAACACUGCUACUAGAAGAUACCCCUUAACUUCCCAGUGACUGCAGAUAAACACAAUAUAUAUCGUUUUUUUACAAUUUUUAGAGUAGGCUUUAGGCUGAUAUCAGAAUUCAUGAAAUUAUAUCUGGUAAAAACUACUUAUAAAAAUAUGUAAUUCAAGGAUAAUCUUGUUAUGAGCCUAAUAUAAUAUUGUAACUUGCUUAUAUCCAUCCCUGCAUUUGGGGUGGAUCAUAUACUUAAUGAUCUUUCAUUGGAAAAAAACGGGCAUAGAGGAAAGUGUGUGUUGUACGGUGACAGAAGAACAAUACUGUCUUAAUUUUAUAAUAUACCGCAUUUGCUGGUGGUAUUUUUAUACAUGGAAACAACAGCUUGCAAACAAAGUAAUAAAAUAUUCAACUUCAUUAAUCAUA